AUGGGGAAGCAAGGAGCUCAGUUGGCCCCUCUACAGCCAGGAGUGCUGCAGAAGUUGUGCGAGGAUCCUCCACAACCUUGUGGGGUGUCCCUCGAAUUGGGCCUUUUCCAUUACUGUGGUGGCGGUCUGGUCUGAGGAGAUGUGGUUAUUACUGCUGCUCACUGUGUCGUCAACCUGGAGCAGAUCCCAGACUGCAGUACUGAGCUGGCGGCAAUGAAAUCUGCUGGCACCUCCCCUGGCCUCCUGGCUGCUCUGUGCUGCCCAGUGGCUAGUGGCUGGGAUAAGGUGUCUGAGGUGGCUGAGGUGCUGGCUCCCAUCCUGCAGGAGGUGGAGCUGCCCCUUAUGGACAGCCAGACCUAGCUGGGGGGCUUGAAUCUGCCGCUGGUGAGGAGCUCCAUGCUGCGUGCUGGCUUCCCAACAGUGGGAGGGAAUGCAUGCAGGAUGGCUUAUACGAAGGGGGAAGAUGAUAAAAUUUACCAGGUGGAGCUGAACAUAACAGUGCCAGAGGACAAAACCAUUGUGAUACGCUUCACCGAAUUAGAUGUAGAGUACCAAAUGGGAUGUGACCUUGACUGUGUGUCCCUCUAUUUGAACAGAAGAGAGCCGAUCUGUUUGGGCUGUGGGAGUGUCGCAAUGUUAGUGGAAGAGGGGAAGAUUGAUACUGCUAAUUACCCUGGCUUGUAUCCCAGGAACACGAAGUGCCACUGGCUCAUUGAGGCUCCAGCAGAGUAUGUCAUAAAGCUGAAGUUUGAAGACUUUGCUGUGGAACUUAGCCUGGGCUGCAUUUAUGAUGCAGUUACUCUUUAUGGUGAUGAAGAAGAAGAAAACCAGUUGGAGGAGGCAGGAAGAGAAGAUUCAAGAUUAACUACUGCACCGAUGUUGCCGCUGAAGGAUGUCCCCUUAGACAGAGCAGAUGACUUUGCUCUCUCCUGCACGUUUGGCCUUGCUGUAUCGACCGUUGGGGCUGAGGAAGCCUGUCCUCACUGUUGGCCAUGGCGUGCCACCCUGAAGUUCCUUGGAGACUACCAGUGUGAUGGGGCUGUCAUCAGCCCUACGUGGCUGCUGACAGUUGCCCACUGUGUGCAGCUUUGAGUAUCAAAUAAACCCUUGCACUGGACUGUGACAGUAGGAGACCACGGUAAAGCCCUGAGAGAGUCAACAGAACAGGUGAGACAGGUGAAAACCACUAGAGUUCAUCUUGACUUCAACAUGCUGAGCUGUGAGUCUGGCAUUGUCCUGAUGCAGCUAGACAUCCCUUUGGAGUACAACGCUGCUGUGAGGCCAGUGUGUCUGUCUAACAGCACAGAGACGUUAUCCUCUUCUUACCUCUGCACUGUGUCUGGACGGGGGAUCAUCAAAGAAAAUGGGAGCCAAGCUAGGCGGUUGCAGCAGACACGAGUGCCUGUACUCGAGAAUGAAAUCUGUGAGAGAAAUUACUACUUCAGUCACCCUGGAGGGAUCGCAGCCAGGAUGCUUUCUGCUGGCUUUGUUUCUGUGGGAGGCCAGGACUCCUGUCGGGGUGGUUUGGGUGUCCCCUUGGUUUGCAAGAAGGAAAAUGGACCAUUUACUCUUUGCAGCAUUGUCAGCUGGGCUGUUGGCUGUGCCAGCCCAAAGAAACCAGGGAUCUAUUCAAGGAUGGGAAUUUUCCUGGACCGGAUAAGACUGCUGAUGAAAGGCCUGAAAUAUGGAAACACCAAGGCUGCUGACAAAGGAAAUAUGCUGUCAGCCCUGCUCUCCCUUCACCCCAGUAAACUGGGGUGCGAUGAGAGACAGUUUUAUUUAUGGAACUCCUGA